AUGGAGAGAAAAACCGUGGUUGAAAACAACAAUGCAGUAGCAGUCCUGGGCGGCGGAUGCUUUUGGUGCGUUGAGGCCGUUUACACUGAAAUGAAGGGAGUAACCUCAGUCAUGUCCGGUUAUUCUGGCGGCCACGCGGUCAAUCCAACCUACUACCAGGUUUGUGGCGAAAAGACCGGCCACGCCGAGGUGGUUAGCGUGGAGUUCGACCCGGCCCAGAUCACCUUCCCUGAAAUACUCGAGGUGUUCUUCGCCAGCCACGACCCCACUACCCUCAACCGGCAGGGUGCGGACGUGGGCACCCGCUACCGUUCGGUGAUCCUCUACACCUCUGAUGCCCAGAAGGAGCAGGCGGCCGAAUUCAUCAAAGAGCUGAAUGCGUCCGGUACCGAGCCCGGCCCGAUAGUAACCGAGCUUGCUCCCUUCGAGGUGUUCUAUCCGGCGGAAGCGGAGCAUUAUCGCUUCUACGAGAACAAUCCUGGCAGUAUGUACUGCCGGAUAGUCAUUGACCCCAAGGUUGCCAAGGUACGGCAGAAGUUCGCCAAUAAACUUCGCUAG